UCGGUCGCGGUUUGGUUAUUCCAACAUGGCCGCUUGCUUAAACAAAACGUUUUGAAUUUACGAAACAAAAUUUAGUGAUAUUUUACGUGAAAUAGAAGAUAAUCACAGAAUCUAAAGAUGGAACAGGCCCCGAAAACUCACGAAGACAUUGAGGCUCAGAUUGCUGCAAUCCAAGCCAAGCGUGCCAGUCAGCCUGUAGACGAGGAUAUUCCUAAGGAGAAUGAACGUGUUGGACUCAAUGAAUCUGGUAUAUUCGAUACAGAGAUCUACGGAGGGAAGGGUAGGUUCGAGGGAUAUAUGACGAGUAUUGCAUCCAAGGAGGAAGAUGACGACGAUGAAGGUAUGGCCCCGGAGCGAAGAGGACAGAGAGCGUCCUAUACUGCACCCCUGGCUCUCCUUAAUGAUGUUGCCAAGAGUAACGAGGAUUAUGAUCCGUUCUCCGAGCACAAGCGCCCUACUGUUGCUAGUCGCGAGUCUGAAUAUCAGGCGAGAAGACGCGCACAACAGAUUUCUCCGGCGAGGUUGGAUCCGUUCGCGGAUGGAGGUAAAACUCCGGAGGUUGGGUCUCGAGGAUAUGCUGAGAUCAUGAAGGAACAGUCUCUAAAAGGGACAGAGGCGGAUUACAGAAAACAGAUGGCGGAGAAGGCGAAGGACGGAACUCUCAAGGCAGUUGACACGAAUGGAGCAGCUAAAGCAGCUCCUAAGAGGAAAGGGAGAUGGGAUCAAACUGUGGACGAAACCCCGUCAAAGACAGCUAAGAAACCCGCUGCAGCUUUCUUUGCUGAAGCAACUACUCCGUCCCACUCCGCCGCCUGGGCAGAGACUCCUGGUAGGAAGGAUCCUGGCUCAGAAACUCCAGGAGCAAGUACUCCUGGUAACAGAAUGUGGGAUCCUACUCCCGCUCACACUACUCCGGGUAGGGAGAAGAACCAGGGAGCAGAAACCCCUGGGCAUGGUUCAGCUACUCCUAGUGCUAGUACUAGAAGGAAUAGGUGGGAUGAAACCCCAAGAACAGAUCGUGAAACUCCGGCUCACGCAGGUUGGGCUGAAACUCCCCGAUCUACACAACCUGGAGACAAGAUUAUAUCGGAGACUCCUACUCCGUCUGCCAGUAAGCGUAGAUCUAGGUGGGACGAAACCCCCGGAGCUACUCCUAGCAUGACACCCGGAGGAGCUACUCCCAGUGGAUCUGCUACCCCAAGUAUGACUCCAGGAGCUACUCCAAGUAUGACUCCUAGUGGAGCUACACCCAGUAUGAUGACUCCAAGCGGAGUUACUCCAAUUGGGCAGAAAGCUAUGGGCAUGGCAACUCCUAGUCCUGCACAGAUGAUGCAGAUGACUCCUGAGCAGAUGCAGGCCUAUCGUUGGGAGAAAGAGAUUGAUGAGAGAAACCGUCCUCUCUCCGAUGACGACCUGGAUCAUAUGUUUCCUCCUGGAUAUAAAGUUCUCCAACCUCCUACAGGAUACAUCCCGAUCAGGACUCCCGCAAGGAAGCUUACAGCUACUCCCACUCCUAUGCUGGGCGCGACCCCUCAAGGAUUUUACAUGCAGACAGAAACUUUGGAUAAAUCUGCAAAGUUUGUUGAUAAUCAACCUAAGGGACAAAAUCUUCCAUUUCUCAAGCCUGAGGAUGCGCAGUACUUCGACAAACUUCUUGUUGAUGUUGAUGAAGAGAUGUUGUCUCCUGAGGAGCUCAAGGAACGAACCAUCAUGAAACUUCUCCUGAAAAUCAAGAACGGAACUCCUCCAAUGAGAAAGUCGGCUCUGAGAAGAAUUACAGACAAGGCUCGAGAGUUCGGAGCAGGACCACUCUUUAACCAGAUCCUUCCCCUUCUCAUGUCUCCAACUCUGGAGGAUCAAGAGAGACAUCUUCUCGUCAAGGUUAUCGAUCGUGUUCUCUACAAGCUUGACGAUCUUGUUCGUCCUUAUGUUCAUAAAAUUUUGGUCGUCAUUGAACCACUUCUGAUUGACGAGGACUACUACGCUCGUGUUGAGGGACGAGAGAUCAUCUCUAACCUUGCUAAGGCGGCCGGACUCGCCACUAUGAUCUCAACCAUGAGACCCGAUAUUGACAACAUUGACGAGUACGUCAGAAACACAACAGCUCGAGCCUUCGCUGUUGUUGCGUCAGCUCUAGGGAUCCCCUCCCUUCUCCCCUUCUUGAAGGCCGUGUGUAGAUCCAAGAAGUCCUGGCAGGCGCGUCAUACUGGUAUCAAGAUUGUUCAACAGAUCGCUAUUCUCAUGGGAUGUGCGAUCCUGCCCCAUCUCCGAGCUCUUGUUGAGAUCAUCGAGCACGGAUUGGUUGAUGAGCAGCAGAAAGUAAGAACUAUUACUGCUCUGGCCUUGGCUGCUCUAGCUGAAGCCGCCACUCCGUAUGGUAUUGAGAGCUUUGACUCCGUUCUCAAACCUCUUUGGAAGGGUAUCAGGACUCAUAGAGGAAAGGGUUUAGCUGCUUUCCUAAAGGCUAUUGGAUAUCUGAUCCCGUUGAUGGACGCCGAGUACGCCAACUACUACACGAGGGAGGUGAUGUUGAUCCUGAUCAGGGAGUUCCAGUCUCCCGACGAGGAGAUGAAAAAGAUCGUCCUCAAGGUUGUUAAACAAUGCUGCAGUACGGAUGGUGUGGAGGCGCAGUACAUUAAAGACGAUAUUCUCCCGCAUUUCUUUAAACACUUCUGGAACCACAGGAUGGCGUUGGACAGAAGGAACUACAGGCAGUUGGUGGACACUACAGUCGAGAUUGCGAACAGAGUUGGAGCAUCAGAAAUUAUUAAUAGGUUGGUGGACGACUUAAAGGAUGAGAACGAGCAGUACAGGAAAAUGGUGAUGGAGUCCAUCGAGAAGAUCAUGGGAGGGUUGGGAGCUGCUGAUGUGGACAGUAGGUUGGAGGAACAGCUCAUUGACGGCAUUUUGUACGCUUUCCAGGAACAAACUACCGAGGAUGUAGUUAUGUUGAACGGAUUCGGUACUAUCGUUAACAGUUUGAGUAAACGUGUCAAACCAUACCUGCCACAGAUCUGUGGAACAAUUCUUUGGAGGUUGAACAAUAAAUCGGCCAAGGUUCGGCAGCAGGCCGCCGAUCUUAUCUCCAGGAUUGCUGUUGUCAUGAAGACCUGUCAGGAGGAGAAGCUCAUGGGACAUUUAGGGGUUGUUCUGUACGAGUAUCUAGGAGAGGAGUAUCCCGAGGUUUUAGGAUCUAUCCUCGGAGCUCUCAAAGCUAUCGUUAAUGUUAUUGGAAUGACCAAGAUGACUCCUCCGAUCAAGGAUCUUCUCCCAAGGCUGACUCCGAUCCUGAAGAACAGACAUGAGAAGGUUCAGGAGAAUUGUAUAGAUCUUGUGGGAAGGAUUGCAGACAGAGGUCCCGAAUAUGUUUCUGCAAGAGAAUGGAUGCGAAUCUGUUUUGAACUCCUAGAGCUAUUAAAAGCGCACAAGAAGGCGAUUAGAAGAGCUACUGUUAAUACUUUUGGAUAUAUUGCUAAAGCUAUCGGACCCCAUGAUGUGUUGGCGACCCUGUUGAACAACUUGAAGGUGCAGGAAAGACAGAACAGAGUGUGCACCACCGUAGCUAUCGCCAUUGUAGCCGAGACCUGCUCCCCCUUCACCGUUCUCCCAGGACUCAUGAACGAAUAUAGGGUUCCGGAGUUAAAUGUCCAGAACGGAGUUCUUAAAUCUCUUUCUUUCUUGUUCGAAUAUAUCGGAGAGAUGGGUAAAGAUUAUAUUUACGCUGUUACUCCUCUUCUAGAAGAUGCUCUCAUGGACAGAGAUCUUGUGCACAGACAGACAGCGUGUGCUGCAAUCAAACACAUGGCCCUUGGCGUGUUCGGAUUCGGCUGCGAGGACGCCCUCGUCCAUCUCAUGAACUUCGUUUGGCCGAACGUAUUCGAAACCUCUCCCCAUCUCGUUCAAGCGUUCAUGGACGCUAUCGAGGGUAUGCGGGUAGCCCUGGGACCUAUCAAGGUUCUCCAGUACUGUAUGCAGGGUCUCUAUCACCCUGCUAGGAAGGUGAGGGACGUAUACUGGAAGGUUUAUAACCAGCUCUAUAUCGGCGGUCAGGACGCACUAAUAGUUGGGUAUCCGAGAAUACCAAACGAUGCUAAGAAUUCCUACGCUAGAUACGAGAUGGAUUAUGUUUUAUAAUUUAUAUUGUGUGAGCGUAGUGUCAGUCAGGUAAAUGAUCGUUCCUUCUAUAGAUAGGGUUCAACAGGAGGACCUUGAGGAACACCCUGUCUUAAAUUUUUUAUUAUUUCGGAAAUAAUUUUGUCUGAAUUGAUGAUUGAAAAACCUUACCGUAAAUAAACGUAUUUCUCAUAAUAAGAUCA